AUGCUGUCUGAGAAGAUCAUGAAGGCCGGCAGCAGCCCCUUCUAUAUCCAAAAGGUGAAUCUGGAUAUUGGCAGCUUUCUGACGUCGAUCGUCAUGCUCUUCGUUUGUGGGAUGGCUAGCCAGCGGCCCAACGACGCUUUCUGGAAGACGCGGGACGUCGAUGGGAGGAUGGAGUCUGGCAUUUUUGUGGCCUGGGAUGCGCGGAUGGUCCUGGUACUGAUCGUGACCUUGUUGCAGAACUGGCUCGCAGGCCUCGUGGCUAAACGGCUUUCAACUGUUAUCCGUUCCAGCGCACAGCAGCUUUCCUUGCUCAUAGUUUAUUUCGUGGGGGACAUUUGGUUGAACCACGUUGUCUUUGACUGGCCUGUGGGGACCACGGCGCUGGUGAUCGCGCUGUCCGUGCAGGUUUUCGCGCUGGCCGGGCAGGUCGAGCACAGCAAUGGCACAGCCGCGUCCGGCCCUCCAAGCGCCUCUUCCUGUGAGAGCCAGGUGGUGUAA